AUGCCACAUAAUGACAAAAGACUGUCGGAACUUGUGGACCCGAAUACUCUUUUAAAUGUCUAUGGGCUGAGAACUUUAAAUCCGCAAACAUAUAAAGACGACAUUGUUCCUCAAAAGGUUAAGAUUGACACCUUCAAAGACCCAAAUUCCAUCCCAAAAGAUGUCAUAUAUAGCUUUCUUUCGGAUGACUCUACACAGACCACACAAAACGGAAAGCAUGGAAGUGAAGACAGAAUAAGGGGUACGAGAGAUCCAUUGGGGUUUAAUACGUCAGUGUUAGAUGAAUUGAUUGAUAAAGAUAUCAUCAACGACACGAGAGAUCCAAAAAGCAUGAAAUUUAUGAUUGGUUCGAAGGCUUUUGAUUCGACGCUUUUCUUAGGACAAUUGCAUGGUGAUAAAUCCGCAGAUGAGCUUUUGAGGAGUAUCAAACAUUUGGAUGAUGACUUAGAAUCCAAAAAGCCUCUAUUACAGCAGCUCAUAGCUGAUAAUUUCAUGAAAACCCUCUACACGAAAAACUCCAUGGACAAAGUGUUUAGUGAGUUUUCGGAUAACAGUCUUAAUAAAGAAGUUAGUGCUUUGAAGAGCAGUCUUUCUGCUUCUAGCAGCUCUUCCAAUCAAUUGUUGAAUCCACUUGUUCUCCAGAUGUCAAAAAAGCACGAAUUGGAUCAGGCGCUAAACACCAUUGCUGAGCUGAAAGACCUAAUUGAUCUUCCUUCCAAGCUUCGGCGGUCAAUUCAGGAAAAAAACUUCCACUCGUUAAUUAGUGACUACAAGAAGGGGAAGAAAUUGUAUGAGGCAAGGAGUCCCAACGACCAGUUUUCCGAAAAGAUUUGGUCCACCAUCAAAACAAUCAUUGAUGAUUAUAAAGCCGUUUUGUGGGAACGACUUGGACGAAUUCAUAUAGAGGCAAUUGAUCUUGGCUUCAGUACAAGUACUCAAUCGAGCGAGUCAGAUGAUUUUGUAACGCUAAUAUCGAAGAUUCUCGAGCUUGGGACCGACGAAAAUCCUAUAAUUGAGUUCAUCAAUAUACAAUUUGACUACAUCUCAAAAGAUAUGGAUGAGGGUCUCAGUAAAGUUCAGCUCACGAGGCUGUUGAAAUUCCGCGAAAGUGUAUCUGAGGCAUAUGAUGAGAAUAAGAUGCAAAAUGGUGGAGACAACGGAGAAAAUAGAAAAGACGAUCUUUCAACUGUGGCGCUAAAAGACGUCUAUGCUAUGCUGACUGCAUCUUCUGUCCCUGAAGUGGAUUUGGAAAGUGAUAUUGAGUCAUAUGAUCUUCCUAUGGUGCUUGAACUCUGGGGUUUCCUGUCAACAUACGUUGAUGAAAUAACAGAUCACAUUGUAGUCAACAAGAUACUCAAGUUUGCUAACAUUGUGUACUUUUUCAUGAACGAUUUUGCGCAGAGGUUCGAUUCUCAGCAAGACGAUAGUUUCCUUCAGUUCCGAGACUACGAAAAGAGCAAAAUGAGAAAGUUCUUUGAGCUUUUAAUCCAGAAAGUGUGCUCACGUUUACUGUUCCUAUUUGGAUCCUCAGGCCAACAGAUGUUGGAGGCUUUAAAAAGCUCUAAAUUUGAUGAUGCUGGUAGUAUGGACAAGCCAAAAGAUCGCGGUCUUCAGUCAUCAUAUGGUUUUAUUCCACCUCGCUCAAAUGCAUUAUCAGCUUUGCUUUUUUUGCAUCAACUCCAGGAAAAGAUAUUUGAUACGUUUCAGAAUCUCAGGAACAACAUAGAGCUGUUGAAUUCUGACUCGAUCGGAAAGGUUAUUGACAAAACUUUGAAGACAAUCAACUAUAACAUCAUAAUGGGUAUUCUUUGCACGAUGAACUUUGACAUAAAGCGUCUUUUGUAUGUCCAGGAUUGGACGAUGUCUGACACAUAUGAGGGCUGCACAAAAUUGCCUGAAUUUUUGUUGGCUUAUUAUAGUGUCGCUCUCUCAAGACUCAGGAAAUUGGAUGUUAUGAAUGAUCCAGUUGUCUCAAAAAGAAUACAGAUGGAAUUUUUAAGAUCCUUUGAUAUUCUCAUGGACGAUCAGUUGAAGGCAGUGACAACCAAGACUAAAGACGAUUCGAAACUUAAAGAUUUUCGGUUCAUCACUACACUCAGCAAUAUAUCUGCUUUGAAGCAGAUAGUUCUUCCAAAAGUGGUUCAAAUAUUUAACGACCAGUUUGGAACUUCCCUAUCAGCACCAAAGCUCAAGGUGUAUGCAUCGUUUGACAAUUAUGAGAAGAUAAUAUACGGUGAGUAUUUGAAGGGGUAUAGAAGCACACUCAAGACAAUUGUGUGCAAGGGAGUACGUUCGACAAAUUGGGCGCAGAUGGAUUCUCAAGCAUCAAGAAAAGAUGCCAUUGCUGUGUCCGAUUUUAUUUUGAAAGCCAUUAAUUUUGUCAACACGAUAAAAUCGAAACUCUUGGGUCUGAAAUCCAACAACAGGUAUGUCAUCCGGAUCGAGUUGGAUCUCGAUGACUACAUCAUCAAAAAGUUAAUUGACUACUUGAAGGAAAUCCGACAGUUCAACAGUGGUGGCCUCAACCAGAUAUGCGUUGAUCUCACUUUUCUUUGCAGAAUAUUUGGUAUCAUAAAGCGUUCCAGUAUGAAGGAUGACACACACGUUGCGAAAUUGGAAAGCGUGUGUAAAAGAUUCAUGGAUAAAAGAGGAGGCGAUACAAAGGUCAUUGAGCAGAGUGUGAAAUCAAGUAUACGGGAGAAUCGGGCACAGGUUGAAUGCUUCUCCCAGCUUUAA